ACUCAGCUCUUGGGAGUUUUGCUUGCUGCUGCUUCAAAUUUUCUGAUUAGUGUCUCAUUGAAUAUACAGAAAUGCGCUCAUCUCCGACUGGUUGGCCAAAGAGAGCUGAAGCCCUACUACACGAGCAAGCUAUGGUGGUGUGGGAUUACCCUCCUGGGGCUUGGAGAGGUGGGCAAUUUCACAGCCUACGGAUUUGCCCCUGUGGCUCUUGUCGCUCCACUGGGAUGUGUGUCUGUCAUAGGUAGUGCAUUUAUUUCUGUCAUUUUCCUGAAGAAGACCAUGAGGACUAGUGAUAUAUUGGGAGGAACACUGACAGUAACAGGGACAUACUUGCUGGUGGCAUUCGCUCCAAGUCUACCCCAAGAGCUCACAGCAAGACAAGUACAGAAUUACUUAGUGAGCUGGCCUGUUUUGGUAUAUUCAGUCUUAGAAAUUAUAAUAUUCUGCAUUCUCCUCUAUUUUUACAAAAGAAAGUCUGUGAAACACAUCGUGGUUUUGCUAAUGAUGGUUGGACUACUGGCAUCACUGACUGUCAUUGCUGUAAAGGCUGUGUCCACCAUGAUAACACUUUCUGUGAAGGGGAAAAUGCAGCUAACUUAUCCCAUUUUCUAUAUCAUGAUUGUUUUAAUGGCAACAUCUUGUGCUUUCCAAGUCAAGUUCUUGAAUCAAGCAAUGCAUCUGUAUGAAGCAACAGCAGUUGUGCCCAUUAAUUUUGUGUUCUUCACCACCAGUGCCAUCAUUUCAGGGGUCAUAUUUUAUCAGGAAUUCCAAAGUGCAGCUUUCCUGAGCGUGUUCAUGUUUCUGUUCGGGUGUCUUCUGUCUUUCCUUGGUGUGUUUAUAAUUGCAAGAAAUAAAAAAGAGGAGCAUUCACAAAUUCCUUUUAUUGACUGUGGACAUAUUCCUGGACAAAAACUGACAGGCAAAAUACAACCAGAUUCUCACAGCUCAUGUUAUGGCACACUGAAUAAGGAAGACGACUCAUCAAAGCUGAAAGAAGAAAGUGCCUUACAUGACAAUUAA